AAAUGGAAUCUCUUUUAUGUCUCCGCCAUUAACGAACUGCGAAUAUGCGGAGAAGGGGAGUGAAGACUGAAGACUGAAGCCUCCGCCGCCGUAACCGCCCCGCCGGCCCGACUAUAGUGUUGUUUAUUACUGCUGAUCGGCGGAGCAAAACCGCCCCCGAACCGAGCCAGCGAGUCCAAACAGUUUCUUCUCCGAGUCUUCUCUCUCUCUCUCUCUGUCAUCAUUCCUUUCCUUAAAUUACUGCCAUCCCAAUUUAGCAGAUCUCUCUCUUCUCUCUGCCGCCUACUUCAACUGCAUCAAUGGAUCUCUCAAUUGCGCUGACGUUCCCCUCCAUUACCACCAAACCUUCCCCUUCUCACCUUCUUCUUUCCCGCCCUCUCUUCCCCAGCUCUUCGCCCGGAAGAUCCUUGCUCUCUACACGAAACCCCUCUUCUUCCCGCCACAAUCACCGCACUCCUCGACAACGACUCCGCCGCCGUGUUUCCGCAGCCGUCGACGACGACGAUGGCGGCUUCGUCCUCGAAGAUGUCCCUCACCUGUCCGAUUUCCUCCCCAAUCUCCCCGUAUUGAUUCUCCUCCCUCUUCUCUUCCCGUCCUCCUAAUCGUAUAGUUGGUUCAAGAUAGUGAUCUCUGGUUCCCCGUUUCCUUGCUUCUUCAGCUGUAUCCCAAUCCCUUGGAGAAGAGCCAAGCUUAUGCCAUUGUCAAGCAAACCUUCGUCGGCCAGGAAGAUGCGGUGGCGCAGCAGGUCGUUGUUCAUAAAGGCAGCCCCCGAGGAGUACACUUCCGGCGAGCCGGCCCUCGAGAAAAGGUGUACUUUAAGCCUGAUGAGGUUCGGGCUUGCGUAGUCACAUGUGGAGGGUUGUGCCCAGGGAUCAAUACAGUCAUCCGGGAGAUAGUUUGUGGGUUGAACUACAUGUAUGGUGUGGAUGACAUUCUUGGUAUCGUGGGAGGGUAUAGAGGCUUCUACUCUAAGAACACUGUGAAGCUGACCCCUAAAGUUGUGAACGAUAUCCAUAAACGUGGCGGCACUACCCUUUUGACAUCUAGAGGAGGUCAUGAUACGGUUAAGAUAGUUGACAGCAUUCAGGACAGGGGAAUUAAUCAGGUGUACAUAAUUGGAGGUGAUGGGACCCAGAAAGGAGCAGCUCUAAUUCAUGAGGAAGUUGAGAAACGUGGUAUGAAAGUAGCAGUUGCUGGGAUUCCCAAGACCAUUGACAAUGACAUAGCUGUGAUAGACAAAUCGUUUGGUUUUGAUACUGCUGUUGAAGAAGCUCAGAGAGCAAUUAAUGCUGCACAUGUAGAGGUUGAGUGUGUGGAAAACGGAGUUGGAGUAGUCAAGCUGAUGGGAAGAUAUAGUGGAUUCAUUGCUAUGCAUGCAACUUUGGCCAGUCGAGAUGUGGAUUGUUGCUUGAUUCCAGAAUCUCCAUUUUAUCUGGAAGGUCAAGGCGGGCUGUUCCAAUUCAUUGAAAGCCGGAUGAAAGAAAAUGGGCAUGUGGUUAUUGUGAUAGCUGAAGGAGCAGGGCAGGAAUUUGUUGCUCAGAGCAUCCAUGACGUCAAUCAGAAAGAUGCAUCAGGAAACAGGCUACUUCUUGAUGUUGGUCUCUGGUUGUCUCAUAAGAUUAAGGAUCACUUCACACAAGUUCGGGAGAUGGAUGUAAAUAUGAAAUACAUAGAUCCAACAUACAUGAUACGGGCUAUUCCAAGUAACGCAUCAGACAACAUAUAUUGCACUCUUCUUGCACAAAGUGCCGUACAUGGGGCGAUGGCUGGGUACACAGGCUUCACAGUUGGACCAGUUAAUGGCAAACACGCCUACAUACCCAUUGCUCGGGUGACAGAGACGCAGAACACAGUGAGGUUGACUGACAGGAUGUGGGCUAGGCUCCUUUCCUCAACAAACCAGCCAAGUUUCUUGAAUUCCUGUGAUGAUAUUUUGUUGCAACAAGAAAGAGUCGACAGAGACAUGGUCGACAUGAUUCACAAAAUGAAGAUUACUUCCACCUAGUCACCACCAUUCAAUUGCUGGCUCUAAAGCUAAACACGGAGAAGCGCAUCGGGCGUGGGCAUGUAUCAGCAGCAUAACAAACUCAAGCCAUCUUCCAUGAUGUCGGAGGAAGGUACAAUGUGUUUGCAUGCUGAGUUGACAAUCAUUUUGUUGUAGGUGUAGGAUGAAAGACUGUUGUGCUUGGUUGAGUUGAAGUGUAAACAAGAGUAUAGAUAGGGGGCGAAACAAUAAUGAAGAAAACAGAGUAGCAACUUGCUUUCAACUUUGCAGAUAAUACCAAAUGAUAGGCUUUUUGUCUGCCUGUCUGUUCCAUCCAUCAUUCCAUCCACAAGUGGCAGUGGGUUCUUCCUUCCUAGUAGUUAUCUGGCACACCAUG